AUGUUUCGAGAAGCUAAGGUCAGUGCAGUAGUGGUGGAAGAGUCAAAGUCCAAGCCGGAAUGGCUGAGCGAUAAUUUCACUGUUGUGGACUUGGCUGCCUUUAAUCUGCAGGAUCCCUCGUCGAGCGCGGCCUUGGCUGUAACAGAGGAUGACAAGACCGUGAGUGCCGCCAGUUCUAAGCCCAAGGAUGAUGCGUAUGUCGCAUUCACGUCGGGAUCGACUGGCACGCCAAAGGGCAUUGUACAGACACAUGAUGCUAUAAUCACAAUGAGUCGUGCUCUCGCAGCAUCUCUCGACGUACAGACAUCGUCUCGCGUUGCGCAGAUUGCGCCAUACGUCUUCGAUGUUGCGAUGAUGGAGUUUGCCAUGAGUUGGGGCACAGGUGCAGCGCUAUGCACCAUGAGAAGGGAGCUUUUGAUCUUCCCGAAGCCCGGUGAAGUUGCGGAGAACUUGACUGCUGCUCGAAUCACGCACAUCAGCCUCUCGCCAACAAUGCUAAAGACAAUUGCCCUGGGUUCUAUCCCAAGUGUACGCGUGCUUAGUGUCAUGGGCGAAGUGCUGGAUCGCACAGCAGUGCAGACAUGGUCGUCUACUCCAGAAACACAGUUCCGUCAAAUGUGGGGCUGUACUGAAGGCACAAUCCUACAAUCAAUCACACCUGCGAUCGAGGCGCAUCAUGAGCCUCAGAACGUUGGAUUCACACUCCCUGGUGCAUGUCGUCUUUGGAUUGCCGACUCUCAGGAUGCGAAUAAGCUUCUGGCCGAUGGAGAAGUCGGCGAGAUCAUCGUGGAAAGUCGAGCGCUGGCGAGUCGAUAUAUUAAUCAGCCCGAACAGACGGCGAAAGCAUUUCUACAAGACGUCUCUUGGACGAAGCGGUCAAGCAGCGACACCAGAUUCUACCGGACCGGCGAUAUGGCGAAAAAAGCUCCGGAUGGCUCCUUAACUUUCGUGGGUCGCCAAGAUGGCCAGACGAGCUUACAUGGUGAGCGCGUCGAGCUCGGUGAGAUUGACUACCACAUUGACCGCUUGAAAUGGCCGACGAACGCCGAUUGUCUGGCAGAGUACGAGGCUUCUGCGCAGCGUAUCGUCAGCUUCAUCUGUGCUCGGCCGGACGGCUCAGUCGGGUCCCAAGCCCACUUGGAGAUCCUCCCCUGGGAAAAAUCUAUCGUUGCGAAAGGGGUUGUGGCGGAGAAGAUGCAGCAACUGUUGUCUGAUGGCAAUCUGGCAUCAAACAUGGUGCCGAGUUGGUGGUUCCCGGUUCCUACGCGACCGCUGACAAUCUCACAUAAGACCAAUCGUUUGGCAUUGCGUGCACUCCUGAAGGAGCUGACUCCGGAAGAAUGGGGUGGAUAUCGCGUAAUCUAA